AUGCGCGCAUAUCGUGCGAUGCUGUACUGGGAAAAGGAGAAGGGCUUCCAGGGCUUCAACACCGCCUCCGGCGCAGAGAUCAGAAGAGGCUGGUCUGAGGAAGCCGCUGCUUACAUUCGAGCCAACUCUCCGGCAAAAUAUCGAGACUUCCUGGUCCCGAAGACGGAGAUUGGAUGCAAACGCAGGGUCAAUGACACGGGAUAUCUCGCCAGCCUGCACCGCGCGAAUGUCGACCUGAUCUACGAUGACCCAAUCACUGAGCUUACCAAAGAUGGUGUUUGCACUUCGUCUGGCCGUCAUGUUUCUGCCGAUGCUAUUGUGCUGGCAACCGGUUUUGAGACGCAGAAGGUCCUGUCGCCGAUGGAGAUCAAUGGCAAGGACGGUGUGAGCAUCAACGAACACUGGGACAUAGUUAGCGACGGCUCGCCCUCGUCUUACUUCGGUACUUGCCUCUCCGGCUUUCCCAAUUUCUUCAUCAUGAUGGGACCAAACACCCUCAGCGGCCAUCUCUCUGUCAUUUACACUACUGAGUGUCAAAUCAACUUCACCAUGCGCGCGAUAGCACCGAUUCUGAAAGCCUUGCACAGCCGUAGGUCUUUGCUCCCUGCAAUGGGCAAGCUCACGGAUGUCAUGGAGGUUACACCCGAGGCCGAGAUGCGGGACAUCAAUGAGACUCAGGACAAGGCUAAGGGUCUUGUGUGGGGGACUGGGUGCACCUCGUGGUUCAUUGACCCGAAGACGAACAGAAACACCAUCAUGUUCCCGGAUUGGCAGUACAAGUUCUGGCUUCGAAGCGUUUUUGUUUCGUGGAAUGACCUGAGAUACACCACAUCCGCAGCUGCUACGAAGGAAGAACAAGGCAGUAGACUGGGCUUGGGCUUACUUGCAACUGUUCUGGCGGCCGGAUUGGUCGCAGUCGGCGCCUAUUUGUUCAACUAA